CGCCAUGGCUGGCGCCGCUGCCGCUGGCGCAAGCGGCGUGCCCGAGCAGCAAGGCUGCGGCAGCGGGGACGCAGCUGCCGGUUUGCUUGCCUGCGGGCGUUGCCGCGAACUCUGAAGCGGGCCAAGACUUGACUGCGCUGCUGCGAGAGAUAGCGGGCUUGCUCGCAGAGGUGUGGGGCAAGGAGCUGGCGCACGCGCUGGCGCACCACUGUGUCUUGGACUUGCCGCCGGACCAAGGGCUUGACUUGUUCGCGCGAAUCAAGCGAAUGAGCCGGGCGGAGGUCCAGCUUAUGGUGGGAGGCUUAUAG